AUGGGGGGAUUUUCCUCGGGUCUCCCUCUCCCGGGGACGCCGCCCAGCUCGCACCCACUACACACAGGUUACGCUCAGGCCCCCAGGCUGCCGACCCCGCCCCUACGCGAACUUGACCGCACCCUCUUCCCCCGGGCGGCGCCCCCGCGCGGCCGGGUGGACGAGGCCGCGGGCCGGGUGGCCGCCGCGGUGACCUGGCUGCUGGGGGAGCCGGUGCUGUGGCUGGGCGGCCGCGCCGACGAGCUCCUGAGCUGGAAGAGGCCGCUGCGCAGCCUGCUCGCCUUCCUGGGUGCCAACCUGCUGUUCUGGUUCCUUGCAUUGACCCCAUGGAGAGUCUAUCAUCUGAUUUCUGUCAUGAUACUUGGGCGUGUUAUUAUGCAAAUAGUAAAGGACAUGGUUUUGUCACGAGCAAGAGGUGCUCAGCUGUGGAGAAGCCUCAGUGGAAGGAGAGGAUACUUCAUAAGGACCAUGGAGGACCGAAUCACUUCAGUCUGAUACUACCUUUGCUCAGUUAUGUGCUGUUACUGCUGGAAAAUAACUUUGUAUCCACUACAAAUGUUAUAAGUAUAUAAUAUUGUGGAGGUGCUGGAUGGGAAGAGUGGGCCUUGUGGUAGAGUCACCUAAUAUCAAGACAGUAUCAAAGAGGCAUCAACUGAUCUGAUCACAUUACUCCUCACAACCCUGGAGUCUAAGAGACUCCUCAUUUACAGGAGAAAGAGUCCAGGCACAGUAGAACCGGAGCUGGUCUUAGUCCCUUUUCUGUUACUAUAACAAAAUGUUUGGGAUCAGGAGUGCUACUCAGUUUUUCUUUAUUGUGACAAAGUACACAAGAAAAUCAACUUACAAGAAAGAAAGACUUGGAGCUGGAGAAGUGGUUCAGUGGUUAAGAGCACUGGCUGCUCUCGAAGAGGACCCGGU